UUUGAGAAUCCCAAGUGCAAAAAAUCAUGGGUAGACCCAGGCGCACCACAUCCACAUUGACCGCAAGACCAAAUCGCUUUGACAGGAAGAUGAUGCUUUGUGUUUGGUGGGACCAGAAAAGGGUGUGGUUUAUUAUGAGCUGUUGAAGCCUGUUGAAACGGUUAAUACCAAACGCGAUCAACAACAAUUCAUCGAUUUGAACCGUUCGCUACUCGAAAAAUGAAUAUUGAAAAAGGCAACACUAGAUCAUUUUUCUCCAUGACAAUGCUCCAUCAUAUACGGCAAAACCGGUUUGCGACACGUUGGAAGCACUCAGCUGGUGCUAAUCCAUUCGUCUUACUCACCAGACUUGGCUCCUUCCGAUUACCACUUGUUUGCAUCGAUGGGUCAUGCACUUGCUGAGCAGCGCUUUGGUUCGUACGAAGAUGUGAAAAAAUGGCUCGAUGAAUGGUUCGCGGCAAAAAGGAAAGAUUUUUGCUGGCGUGGUAUCCACAAAUUAUCCGAAUAAUGGGAAAAAUGUAUUCAUCAUGCAAAUCUUUGUGAAAACUCUUACUGGGAAAACCAUCACCUUAGAGGUGGAAGCUUCUGAUACUAUAGAGAAUGUCAAAGCCAAGAUCCAAGAUAAAGAAGGCAUUCCUCCUGAUCAACAACGUUUGAUCUUCGCUGGUAAGCAGUUGGAAGACGGUAGAACACUCUCCGAUUACAACAUUCAAAAAGAAUCCACACUUCAUCUGGUUCUGCGUCUUCGAGGAGGAAUGCAGAUCUUCGUAAAAACUCUCACUGGGAAAACCAUCACCCUUGAAGUUGAAGCCUCUGAUACAAUAGAAAACGUGAAAGCCAAGAUCCAAGAUAAAGAAGGCAUUCCUCCUGAUCAACAACGUUUGAUCUUCGCUGGCAAGCAGCUGGAAGACGGUAGAACACUCUCCGAUUACAACAUUCAAAAAGAAUCCACACUUCAUCUGGUUCUGCGUCUUCGAGGAGGAAUGCAGAUCUUCGUGAAAACUCUCACUGGGAAAACCAUCACCCUCGAAGUUGAAGCCUCUGACACAAUAGAAAACGUAAAGGCCAAGAUCCAAGACAAAGAAGGCAUUCCUCCUGAUCAACAACGUUUGAUCUUCGCUGGCAAGCAGUUGGAAGACGGUAGGACACUCUCAGACUACAAUAUUCAGAAAGAAUCUACUCUUCACUUGGUUCUGCGUCUUCGAGGAGGAAUGCAAAUCUUUGUGAAAACUCUCACUGGGAAAACCAUCACCCUCGAAGUUGAAGCCUCUGAUACAAUAGAAAAUGUGAAGGCCAAGAUCCAAGACAAAGAAGGCAUUCCUCCUGAUCAACAACGUUUGAUCUUCGCUGGCAAGCAGCUGGAAGACGGUAGAACACUCUCCGAUUACAACAUUCAAAAAGAAUCCACACUUCAUCUGGUUCUGCGUCUUCGAGGAGGAAUGCAGAUCUUCGUAAAAACUCUCACUGGGAAAACCAUCACCCUUGAAGUUGAAGCCUCUGAUACAAUAGAAAACGUGAAAGCCAAGAUCCAAGAUAAAGAAGGCAUUCCUCCUGAUCAACAACGUUUGAUCUUCGCUGGCAAGCAGCUGGAAGACGGUAGAACACUCUCCGAUUACAACAUUCAAAAAGAAUCCACACUUCAUCUGGUUCUGCGUCUUCGAGGAGGAAUGCAGAUCUUCGUGAAAACUCUCACUGGGAAAACCAUCACCCUCGAAGUUGAAGCCUCUGACACAAUAGAAAACGUAAAGGCCAAGAUCCAAGACAAAGAAGGCAUUCCUCCUGAUCAACAACGUUUGAUCUUCGCUGGCAAGCAGUUGGAAGACGGUAGGACACUCUCAGACUACAAUAUUCAGAAAGAAUCUACUCUUCACUUGGUUUUACGUCUUCGAGGAGGAAUGCAAAUUUUCGUGAAAACUCUUACUGGUAAAACCAUCACCCUCGAAGUCGAAGCUUCAGACACCAUUGAAAACGUAAAGGCCAAAAUUCAGGACAAAGAGGGAAUCCCUCCAGAUCAACAACGUUUAAUCUUCGCUGGCAAGCAACUGGAAGACGGCAGAACUCUUUCUGAUUACAACAUCCAAAAAGAAUCCACACUCCACUUAGUUUUACGACUUCGUGGAGGUGUGCUCUUAUGAGCUUGAAAACCACAGAAAGGUCCGUUAGUUGAAAAAGAGUAGCAUCAGUAGUAUUGAGAUAGCAUUUAUAUAUUUUACUUUUUUUUAAUUUUUGCUUCAAAUAACUACAUAUACUUAACAUUAUUUUGACAAAUAUUUGCGUUGAAGUAUAACAAGAAUGUAAGAAAUUGUAACUCAAAUAUGUAAAUGAACACAUUCUUGUCUAAUAAACAUUAAGUUGCAUUAGGAUGAA